AUGUCUUCCCCGAGUAUUGGCUUAUACAGACGUCAGAUCAAAGGACUGACGAUGGUGGAUAGCCAAGUCUACUGUGCAGAAGAUGCUAAGAAAUCAGGCUUGUCCUGGAUGAGCUUGGUGAUACUCCAAAAUCCGGCGUAUCGGAAUGCCUCUGUCAUGUGUGCUUUAAGUCUAAACAACGCGAAUGCGUCGCCGCAUACUCCAAGCGUCCGCUCCUCUCCCUGGCUACAAGUGAUAUCGGCCGAGAGAAGGCUCAAUCACUAUUUUACGCGCGCGAAGCAGUGGAACGCCAUCCUCCUCAUUGAUGAAGCCGACAUCUACAUGGAACGGCGCGAGACUGAAGACUUGACUCGAAAUACCCUCUUAUCAGGUAUCCCUAUGAUCCUUACUACCUUCAUCUCCACAGAUAUUAAUCCCAAACACCAUCACAAUGCUUACAAAAGUUUCACAGGUUUCCUCCGUGCAAUGGGAAAUUGCCAGAGCAUCCUCUUUCUAACAACUAACCGCAUUGGCUCCUUCGACGACGCUUUCGUCUCCCAUAUUCCCCUCUAUUACCGCGAGUUCAUCCAAAAGGAUCGACUCAAAGUCUGGAAGAUAUUUUUCGAUAAGUUGGCUAGGGAUCGUAAGAAUGUCAUGAACAUUCCAGCAGAGACGAUACCCUAUACGACUGAACUUGAAGUGACGAGCUUGAAUUGGAACGGGAGGGAAAUUCAAAAUGCGCUCCAAACAGCAGUUGCCCUAGCCGAUUUCGACGGCGCAGAUGAAGAUGGAAAGAUUACCCUGCGCAAGACGCAUAUCCAGCAGAUCGUGCGCAUGUCUUGGGAGUUUAAGGACUAUCUCAAAUAA